CCAAUUUCCAUCCUCUUGCUUUCAACACUUUCUCAAAUUCCGACGAUCUCUCCCUCCUCUCUCUCCCUCCUCUCUCUCUCUUCGACUUCUCUUCUCCACUUUCCCCAUCUCUACUAUCACUUCUUUGGUUUUCCCCAAUUCCCACACAUAUAAACCCUAGAUCUGAAUUCCAUUUUCUUAGUUUUCUUAUCAGUGGAGUAUAAUUGAGUGGCGUAAGUCCAGCAUAAGAUGUGCACGGAUUUUUUCAAUCACCUUAGAUUUCGAAGUUUGGUUCUUUAAUGGUCUUUCUUUUUUCUGCUUAACUUUUUGUAAAUUGUACUCUUGUUUGUUUUAAUUGUAAAUCAAAGCUUUAAUUGUAUUAUCAUGGAUGGUGUUUCGGGUCCAGCUACUCAAUCUGAACCCAUUUUUGAUAAAUCAAGGGUUUUAGAUGUAAAACCAUUGAGAACUAUGAUACCCAUGUUUCCAAAUCCUCCUCAAGCUCCACCAUUUGUUUGUUCUUCACCAUUUGGUCCUUUUCCAUCUGGGUUUACCCCCUUUUACCCCUUCAGCAUGGGCCCACCUGGGGAAGGGAGACAUCAAGAUGGUGCUGCUUAUGCUACUCCUGCCGCCGCUGUUCCUUUGCGCUCUUUUGGAACUCCUCAAAUGGGUGCUCAUUUCUCUAAUGGAGAUACAGAUUCUUCUAGAGAUAUCCAUUUUGGGGAUGGUGGGUUUCAUACUGUUUCUGGUAGGAAAAAGCGUGGAGCUUACAAGAUCCCAAAAGAUGCUGCAGAAAAGAGGGCUGAGAGGAAAGCACGAAAGGAGGCAGCUGGAACCGAGAUUCGGAAACCCAAUUUAGCUAAUGUUGUGGGCUUACCUCAAGAACAAAGGGAAGAUGGUAAUAGAGAAAUUGUUUGUUUUGUUUUAAUGAAAUUUGAUGCUGUUAGGAGGAGAUUAAGUCAAUUAGAGGAUUCUAAGGAAGCAUCAACUGGAUUAAUUAAACGAGCUGAUUUGAAAAGUGGUAAUAUAAUGAUGACUUCUGGGUUUAGGACUAAUAGUAGGAAGAGAAUAGGUGUAGUUCCUGGUGUUGAAAUUGGUGAUAUUUUCUAUUUUCGUAUGGAAAUGUGUGUUUUAGGUUUGCAUGCUCCUUCCAUGGCUGGUAUUGAUUAUAUGACUGUUAAGAAUGACAUGGAAGAUGAUCCUCUUGCUGUAAGUAUUGUUUCUUCAGGUGGGUAUGAUGAUGAUGCUGAUGAUGCUGAUGUUUUGGUUUAUACUGGUCAAGGUGGUGGGAAUUACAGUAACAAGGGUAAAGAAGCUUCUGAUCAGAAGCUUGAAAGAGGUAAUCUUGCUUUGGAGAGGAGCGCAAGGCGAGGGAAUCAAAUUCGGGUUAUUAGAGGUAUUAGAGAUACAACUAAUCCCUCACUUAAGAUAUAUGUUUAUGAUGGUUUGUAUACUAUUCAGGAUUCUUGGAUUGAUAGGGCUAAAUCUGGUGCCAGUCUUUUCAAGUAUAGGAUGGUUAGGUUACCUGGGCAGUUUCCUGCUUUUGGGACCUGGCAAUCUGUCUUGAAAUGGAAGGAAAGUGUUUCCUCUAGGCCAGGAUUGAUUCUUCCUGACCUUACUUCAGGUGCUGAAAGUCUUCCUGUUGCACUCGUAAAUGAUAUUGAUGAUGUAAGGGGGCCUCCUUACUUUACAUAUUUGCGUUCUGUUAAGUAUUCUAAGUCACUUAACUUGUCUGAGCCAACUUAUGGGUGUAAUUGUCAUAGUUCUUGCGCUGCUGGUGAUCUUAACUGUUCUUGUAUUCGUAAAAAUAGUGGGGAUUUCCCGUAUACUGCUAAUGGAGUUUUGGUGAGUAGGAAACCAAUGGUGUAUGAGUGUGGACCCUCUUGUCCUUGCUUUACUAACUGUAAGAAUCGAGUGUCACAGAGCGGUCUUAAGGUGCGACUAGAGGUUUUUAAGACUAAGGAUAGAGGUUGGGGCUUGCGUUCGUGGGAUCCUAUUCGUUCUGGAACUUUUAUUUGUGAAUUUGCUGGUGAGGUGUUGGAUAAAGCUAAAUAUGAUCGAGAUGAAAGUAGUGAUUGUAGUGAUUAUGUUUUCGAUACUAGUCGUGCUUUUGAUAAUUCAUUUAGGUGGAACUAUGAUCCUCCGUUGGUCGGUGAAGAUGCAGUUGGGGACUUGAGUGAAGACUUUGACAUCACUCCAUUGGUCAUUAAUGCCAAAGAUUCCGGAAAUGUUGCUCGCUUCAUGAACCAUAGCUGUUCUCCUAAUGUUUUGUGGCAGCCUACUGUGUAUGAACAGGAUGGUGAAUCCCUUAUUCAUAUCGCAUUUUUUGCGAUGCGACACAUCGCUCCCAUGACUGAGCUCACUUAUGAUUAUGGUAUAUCUCAGUCUGAAAAUAGGAGGAAGCGUUGCUUAUGUGGUUCACCAAAAUGCAAAGGAUUUUUCGGUUGACAUUAUCAAAGUGUGAAACUGAAGGUUUUACAGAAGCAGCUUAUGCCCAUUGUGACAUCUCUGAAUCAUCUGCGUAAUCAAAGGAUCCGGGAGACUUGACCAUGAUUCUGUAUUUUUCUGUUCUGUUAUGCGAUUCACAGAAUGCUUUGUUAAGCGACAGACUUUUCCAAUGUGGUUCCCGACUCGUAACCUGUUUGUAGCCCAGCAUAGUUCGUUAGUAUUCUAGCUGUGAAGCUGUUUGUUUAAAUUAUGUAUAACCAUUAUGCUAGUUUCUCUGUACUCUAUAGUGUAGUAAUAGUUGUUCUCGACGUGUAGUUUGUGGGUGCUUGUAGCCCCUAUGUUGGCGACUAGUAACUUUUCGAUAGAAGCCAUAUUUGGCCUUGUUAGAUGUUCAAUAAUCAUCAUGAUUUUGUUGUGCCGGAAA